AUUAUGGAAAUAUCGUGAGACUGGCAGACUGAGCAGUAGUCUCCGACGCUGGCUGCAGUUGCAUUAUUUAUCUUUAGAUAUCUACUAAAAUGCCCGAUUUAUUUGUCUGUAUAUAAAGUAACAUUUUAACGGAUAAUAUUCCCACUUACAGCGGUGAGGAUGGACCGCAACAUGGAAGCUUGUGACGGUGUCAGCGCUUCCACGCCCACGGAGGAAAUGAAUGGAGCUGGAACCUUGAUGGACUUCCUGGACGAGCCCUUUCCAGAUGUGGGCACCUAUGAGGACUUCCACACCAUCGACUGGCUCAGGGAGAAGUCCAGAGACACGGACCGCCACCGCAAGAUCACCAGUAAGAGUAAAGAAUCCAUCUGGGAGCUGAUCAAGAGUCUGCUGGACGCCUGGUCGGGAUGGGUGGUGAUGCUGCUCAUCGGCCUCCUCUCAGGAACGCUGGCUGGCGUCAUCGACCUGGCGGUGGACUGGAUGACGGACCUGAAGGAGGGCGUGUGCCUGUCGGCCUUCUGGUACAGCCAUGAGCAGUGCUGCUGGACGUCCAACGAGACCACGUUUGACGACCGGGACAAGUGUCCGCAGUGGCAGAAGUGGGCGGAGCUGAUGACGGGCUACUCGGAGGGAGCCGGGGCGUACCUGUUGAACUACUUCCUGUAUAUCCUGUGGGCUCUGCUGUUUUCCUUCCUGGCCGUGUCGCUGGUUCGAGUCUUUGCUCCGUACGCCUGCGGGUCAGGAAUCCCAGAGAUCAAGACGAUCCUGAGCGGCUUCAUCAUCCGCGGGUACCUGGGGAAAUGGACCCUGCUGAUCAAGACCGUCACCCUGGUGCUGGCGGUGUCGUCCGGUCUCAGUCUGGGAAAGGAGGGUCCUCUGGUCCACGUGGCCUGUUGCUGUGGAAACCUCUUCUGCAGCCUCUUCUCCAAGUACAGCAAGAACGAGGGCAAGCGGCGAGAGGUGUUGUCGGCAGCUGCGGCAGCUGGAGUGUCGGUGGCCUUCGGAGCGCCAAUCGGAGGAGUUCUGUUCAGCCUGGAAGAGGUCAGUUAUUAUUUCCCUCUGAAGACUCUGUGGCGUUCCUUCUUCGCCGCUCUGGUCGCCGCCUUUACGCUACGCUCCAUCAACCCAUUCGGCAACAGCCGCUUGGUCCUGUUCUAUGUGGAGUACCACACCCCCUGGUACAUGGCCGAGCUGGUUCCCUUCAUUCUGCUGGGCGUGUUCGGCGGUCUCUGGGGGACCCUCUUUAUCAGGGCCAACAUUGCCUGGUGCAGACGGAGGAAGACCACACAGCUUGGGAAGUAUCCGGUUCUGGAGGUGAUCAUCGUGACGGGGAUCACCGCCGUGCUGGCGUACCCUAACCCGUACACCCGCCGCAGCACCAGUGAGCUCAUCUCGGAGCUCUUCAACGACUGCGGUGCGCUGGAGUCGUCGCAGCUCUGCGACUACAUCAACAACCCCAACAUGAGCCGGCCAGUGGACGACAUCCCGGACCGCCCGGCGGGACCCGGGGUCUACAACGCCCUGUGGCAGCUCGCGCUUGCGCUCAUCUUCAAGAUCGUCAUCACCAUCUUCACCUUUGGCAUGAAGAUCCCUUCAGGUCUCUUCAUCCCCAGCAUGGCGGUUGGUGCUAUCGCUGGACGAAUCGUUGGGAUCGCUGUGGAGCAGAUGGCGUACCACCACCACGAUUGGAUCAUCUUUAAGAACUGGUGCCGUCCCGGCGCCGACUGUGUCACACCCGGGCUGUAUGCCAUGGUGGGAGCCGCCGCCUGUCUGGGUGGCGUCACCAGGAUGACCGUUUCCCUCGUGGUCAUCAUGUUCGAGCUCACCGGUGGGCUGGAGUACAUUGUCCCUCUGAUGGCUGCUGCCGUCACCAGCAAGUGGGUGGCGGACGCCUUUGGGAAGGAGGGUAUCUACGAGUCGCACAUCCAGCUCAACGGCUACCCCUACCUGGAUGUCCGGGACGAGUUCACCCACCGCACGCUGGCCACCGACGUGAUGCGACCGCGCAGAAACGACCCCCCUCUUGCUGUCCUCACUCAGGACAGCACCACGGUGGAGGACGUGGAGACGCUCAUCAAAGACACCGACUAUAACGGCUUCCCGGUGGUUGUAUCCAGGGAGUCAGAGAGGCUCAUCGGCUUCGUUCAACGCCGGGACCUCACGCUCGCCAUCAAAAACGCCCGUCAGAAGCAGGAUGGCGUGGUCAGCAGCUCGGUGGUCUACUUCACAGAGGAUGCGCCGCAGCUGCCGGCCAGCAACCCGCAGCCCCUGAAGCUGCGACGCAUCCUGAACCUCAGUCCCUUCACCGUCACUGACCACACGCCCAUGGAGACGGUGGUGGACAUCUUCCGGAAGCUGGGCCUCCGCCAGUGUCUGGUCACCAGGAGCGGGCGUCUCCUGGGCAUCAUCACCAAGAAGGACGUCCUGCGACACAUGGCCCAGAUGAUGAACCAGGAUCCGGAGUCUAUCAUGUUCAACUAAGCACAGACUGUGUAAAUAAGCUACGUUCCCCUUCCCUACCUUCCUCUGUGACGUGAGCUGUCAUCCGUGUCUGGUUUAUUUAUUACGCCACCGUGAAGGGAAGAUGGAGGCAGGGUCUGCUCCCCGUCGCGGCCUCCAGCCCGUCACACCUGUUCAUGAAAGGCUAACCGCCAUUAAACCUGCUCACAAGUUACAUCAACUCAUUUUUUAUUUACACUAAAAUGGUUUUCCAUGGAAAGCCAACUUGUCCCCGUGUUGCUGCCAUGUUUCCGUCACCGCCUCUGGAACUUGGAACAGCUUUUCAUGGUUAGGGGGGGUUUCAGGGAGGCUCCAACGUAAGACGGUACCAUCGCUGCUGCUACCUGCCGCAUGAAGAAGACUCAGCUGCCAGUUUAUGAUGAAGGUGGAGUUGUUCCAGUCCUCUUCCUCCUCGGCUGCACGCUUCCUGUCCCCUCGGCCAUUUUCUGUCUUGUGGUUUUAGUCGUAGAGCUGCUGAUGCCUCACCCAGACUGGAACACACACCUCUCCAUGUUGCUGGUUUUAAAUGCCAAGAGAAUUUUCUGGAAAGAUCUCUGUUGUAUAGAUGUUGCAGAUUCAUUGUGUUUGUUUUUUAUAUUUAAUUAGAUCAAACUAAUGUUGAGCCCUGGAUGUUUUAUCAGAAGCAUUAUUCCAACACUACUCGGUCAUUUGCACUUUUGUUUGUAAAAGAUGUGAAAAUAAACCUCUGAACCAA